CUGUCGUCAUUCAAGCACCUGGGAGGAUCCUGUAACCGGAAGUUACCGAGCUUGUUGACACCUGCGUGGACUAAUUUCGCAGUGAAGAAGAGAAGCAGUCGUCCAAACUGGUCGCCAUGUCUGUCAGCGGACUGGUUUCGGUGGCUUUGUUCCUCCUCGCAGCGACAGGCGUGAGCAGUUUUUCAGUCACUACCAGCAACGCUAAUGUGCGAGUGAAAGAAAAUGAUGGGACUGACCUUUCCUGCUCAUAUUCUGCUGACUUUGGUUCAGAUGCCAGAGUUGAGUGGAAGUUCAACGACCUCAAAGGCUCACAGGUGUAUGUGAUUUAUGGUGGUAAACCAACAUCAUCAUAUUCCGGACGAGUGACGAUGUACAAAAGCAAUCUGAGAUUCGCAACCGUGACCCGCCGUGAUAACGGGGUGUAUGACUGCGAGGUGUCAGGAAACAGUCAGUUUGUGGAAACCAGAGUGAAGCUGACUGUACUCGUACCUCCCUCAGUGCCCUUGUGUAGGGUCCCUCCUUCAGUGACCACGGGCAAGUCAGCCAUCUUGUCCUGCCAUGACAAGGACGGCUCACCUCCCCCCAAAUACAGGUGGUACAAAGACGGUGUCCCUCUGCCCACUGAACCCAACAAGAUCUCGGCCUUCAAAAACGCCACCUACAAGCUCAAUCCUGACAACGGCAACCUGGAGUUUCCCAGAACAAUCAAGACAGACUCGGGUCACUAUGUCUGUGAGUCUUACAACGAUGCUGGUCCUGCUCAGCGAUGCAAAGGAGGAAAAAUGGAAAUUCGUGACCUCAACACUGGAGGGAUUGUAGCCGGUGUGAUCGUGGCUCUGCUGCUUGUUGGUCUCCUGGUGUUUGGCCUUUGGUAUGCCAACAAGAAGGGAUACCUGCCAAAGGCGGAAAGCAAACCAAAGCCCAGUGUGGUGUACCAGCCAACGUCAAUGUAUGGUGGUGGUGAUGAGGAUGAUGGGGAUUUCAAGCAGAAGUCGUCCUUCGUUGUAUAGUUCACCACAAACAACUCGACAGGGGAAUGACUCGGUUUUAAAUGUUUGUCAGCGUGGGAUUGCCUUGAAGUUUUUAGCACGUUUUUUUGUUAAUGUUUGAUUUACUCUUUAAGUUGCUGUUUUUAUCGACCAGUGUGAUUAUGUAAGUUGACCUGAACUGUGUGCUUAAGUCUCUCAGCAACUUUAACUUGUGCUUCAAGUUUUAUAAAAGAAGUGGGACCGAUAAAGUGCCCUUUAUUUUUACUUGUAUAAGAUAAGCUGUGGAUACCAUUGAUUCAUCCCGUGCUGCUGGUAAUUUACAUCAAUGUUGGAAGUUAUUUCUAUGUACUUCCAAUUUUCUAUUCUUUCUGAGAACUCAUUGAACAUUUGUAAAUGUUCUGCUGAUGUAUUUAUCAAAUCAACUGGUGAACUGAUGGAAGUAUCUAAAGUGUAAGGUGAAAAAGAAGAAAAUUGUCAGUGUCUGAUAAAAAUGGGGCACAUUAGUACAAUAGACAUGAUAUUAACUGAAAACAGAGCAUUCAUAGAACAAAAAAAAAAAAAAAAAAAAAAAUCAGCCAUCUCCCAUCACUUUAAUUGAUUUAUGUGUUUGCUGUCGGACAUCAUCGCUAAGUGGCUCCUGAAGUUUUGCUUUAACAUUUUAACCAACAAAACAUUUUUUUAUGUACAGUACUCUUUUUAACAGAUGUAACUUUUUCUUGUAAAUAAAAUGCUUUUACAUUUGA